CCACCCCCGGCUACCAAAAAGCCGAAAAAGGGGGAUGUCGCCGAGAAGGAGCCCUCGGUCAUUAUCGCUGAUGAGCCCCCCGCCUCCGGGGUGCAGGUGGAGAAGCUGCCGGGUGGAACGCCGGCGGGGGCAGAGGAGUCGCUGCCUGAGAUCCUCACAGUCGCGUUCCCGAGAGGUACAUCUUUGGCCAGCGGCGCCGUCGACCCGGGGGCCAUCCUGAGGGGUAUGACCCCUGAGACGGAUAGGGCUGCCAUCGGGACCUAUAAUGAUGUGGCCCUCGAGGACCACAUUCUCCGCUCCUCCCUCUCUUUAAGCUUGCUUAGCCCUCGGCGAUCAGGCUCGGAGGCUUCAAGAAUGGCGCCUCCACAGAGCGGAGCAAGACGCCAGAAUGAGGGAGUGCCUCCUCAAGAACCAAGAGGCGGUGAAGCUGGGGGCCCAACUAGAAGAGGAGCUCCGGCAGAUGAGCUUGAAACUGGAGGCUGCAGAGAAAGGCAAGGCUGAUGCUGAGGCCGCUGCCAGGAGAGCUGCUAAAGAGGCCGAGGACUCCAAAGCGCUAGCUGUCGCCAAGGCUCAGGAGGAGGCCGUUGAGGCCUUUGUCGCCGAGGGUUGGAGAGCCGAGGGGCGCAAGAUGUGGGUGUCCUCGGUCGUGGAGGCCUGCGUUGAAGAAUGGGCCGAGGGCCCUGGGUGGGAAUGGAUGGCCCGGAAGGGCAGAGAGUACUAUGAAGCCGACGAAUUCUUCACCCAGGCCCUCAUCUACCGGAGGAUGGCCCGGCAUUUGGGCAUUGAGCAAAAAGACUUCUCCCCCUCGGCGUAUGGCCU